AUGCGUUCCCUAAGGGCUAAUCGCCGUCUCGCGCUGCGGCCCCUCCCUCGAUAUGCUUCCACCGCCUCUGGCGUCCUCAAGACGACCGCCAUCCAGUCUGUUUUGAUUGCCAACCGUGGCGAGAUUGCCAUCCGAAUCAAUAAGACGGCCGAGCGCAUGGGCAUACGCGCCACCACCGUCUACACAGAUGUCGACGCCAAUUCGUGGCACGCCUCCUCUGGCUUCCAGUCCCUCGGCCUCGGCCCUGCCAAGGGCUACCUUGACGGCGAGAAGAUCAUUACCCUUGCCAAGAAAAAUGGAAUUCAAGCACUGCACCCCGGCUACGGAUUCUUGUCCGAGAAUCCCAAGUUUGCCGAGCGCUGCGAGCAGGAGGGCAUCGUCUUUAUCGGCCCGCCCCCCUCAGCCAUGUCUGACAUGGGCGACAAGGCCCGGUCCAAGGAGAUUAUGAAUGCCGCCAACGUUCCCUGUGUUCCCGGCUACCAUGGCUCUGAUCAGGGUGAGCAGCAGCUCCUGGAGCACGCCAGAAACGUCACCUUUCCCGUGCUGCUCAAGAGUGUCCGCGGCGGUGGUGGUAAGGGUAUGCGCAUUGUCAUGACCGAGGAUGAGUUCAUGACCCAGCUCAAGAGUGCCCGUGCUGAAGCCAAGGCUUCCUUUGGUGAGGGUGGUGAGGUCAUGCUGGUCGAGAAAUACAUUGUCCGCCCUCGCCACGUCGAGGUCCAAGUCUUUGCGGACAAGCAUGGCAACACUGUUGCCCUCGGCGAGCGUGACUGCAGUGUUCAGCGCAGACAUCAAAAAGUGCUGGAAGAGUCUCCCGCUCCCGAUCUGGACCAUGCAACCCAACAGGACCUCUGGAACAAGGCCCGCAUGGCAGCUUCGGCGGUCGGCUACGUCGGCGCCGGCACUGUCGAAUUUAUUCUUGACAAAGACAGCGGCAAGUUUUACUUUAUGGAGAUGAAUACCCGUCUGCAAGUCGAGCACCCCGUCACAGAGAUGGUCACUGGUGUGGACCUGGUUGAGUGGCAAUUCCGUAUUGCUGCUGGUGAGAAGCUCCCUCUUGACCAGGCCCAGGUUGAGGAGCAAAUGGCCCAGCGCGGUGCCGCCAUCGAGGCUCGUGUCUACGCCGAAAACCCUGAAAAGGGAUUCAUGCCGGAUUCCGGGAAGCUCGUCCACGCCGUGCUGGCCGAGAGCCUCAAGGCGGACGAGGAUGUGCGGCUAGACUGGGGCUUCGGUUCUGGUAGUGUGGUUUCCGAGGCUUACGAUGGCAUGAUUGCCAAGCUGAUUGUCCGUGCUGACACUCGCGAGACUGCCAUUGCCAAGCUGGCCGCCGCUCUCCGCAAAUUUGAGAUUGUCGGUCUCAGCACCAACGUCGAGUUUCUGAAGCGUCUCUGCGAGUCCCCUGCUUUCAUCGAGGGUGAUGUCGAGACUGGAUUUAUUGAUAAAUGGAGAGAUGAGCUUUUCAAGCCCCGUCAAAUCAAGGGUGAAGUCUUUGCCCAGGCCGCUCUUGGUGUGCUGAGCUUCCAGGCCAAUGAACCCGGGCCCCACGGCGUCUCUCUCGGGUUCGGUGCCCCCAACAGUACCAGCGAGCGCAAGCUUGCUUUCAAGGUCCUUGACGGCUACAGCGCCAAUGAGGGCGAGGUUGUCGAGGCCAGCGUCGCGCAGACGGGACAUGAUCUCUAUACUAUUUCCAUCAGCCGCAAGGGACAGGAGGUCCCCGAGGUCUUUACCGACGUCUCCACCAAGCGCACCACCGAAGGUGCUGUUACCAAGGUCAAUUCGCUCUUCUCUCACGAGCGUAUCCACUCUACCGUCGUUCCCAAGGAGGAUGACAUCGACACAAAGGUGACGAUCUUCCAACAUGGUGUCAAGACGGAGCUGUCUCUUCUGCCGCCCCAAUGGUACGAAAAAGCUCUCGGCCUCAAGGAGGUUUCCGCCUCUGUCGCCGCUCCCAUGCCCUGCAAGAUUCUCAAGAACGAGGUUGAAGAGGGUCAGACUGUCAGGAAGGGCACCCCUCUUGUCGUCAUUGAGUCCAUGAAGAUGGAGACUGUUAUCCGCUCACCCCAGGAUGGUGUCAUCAAGAAGCUAGCCCACAAGGAGGGUGAUAUCUGCAAGGCUGGCACAAUCCUUGUUUUAUUUGAGGAAGAUGCCAAGGCAGAGGAGUAG